UAACAGUGUUUUUUGAAUUUUUUAACGCUAAACCGCUGGAAAAAAAAGAAUGGAUCGACUGACGUUAUAUCCAAGACCCAAAACUACGGAGAGGGAGAAAUGUCUACCUGCCGGUGACGGGCUACCAGCAUGGGAGUCACUCCCGCUGUAUUCUAAAUUCCCCAUGGUACCGAUUCCAAAGGGAUCCAUCAAACUUUGUACUACCAAGUUAUGCGAACCAAAACACAAAGUUGUUGACUUUGAAUUUGACCUAACUGAUCCAUACUGUCACGUGAUAUCAAAUGAAUAUCAACCACUGCAUGAUCCGCAUCUGAAGAAUCACUUUAAUAUACCGCGAAUGCAGCGCCACCUCCGUAAGAACGGCUUCAUUACAGACGACAGGCAGGUAAUCUGUAACCUCCGGGAGUUCAACCAGUACAGACAGUACCUCCGGAAAAUAUGUCUCUUGGAAAUGGCCAAGGAACGGAAGGAAAUGGAGGGGGUGAGGAGACUCCGAGGAAUGUCUGGGGGAGAACACCCGGAAAGGUCCGAGUCCCGGGGAGAGCAGGUCAGGAGGAGACUUCAACAGAUGAGAGAAGAGACCAAAACGAGGAUUCAGAGGGAGAUCAGAGAGAAGGAAGCAAGGCUAAAAAGGAGACUGGAGGAAAUCGAGCUCCAGAAGCGACUGAGAGAGUUUAGACGACGCCAAAUCCUACAGAAGCGACGUGCAAUGGCGGCCGAACACCUGGAUAAGACGAUGAGGAAAAAUUUGAUGCUUACUCGCCGAUGGAAGCAAAGAGAAAAACUCCGCAAGCUUCGACUGGAGGAAAGGAAAAGAAACAAACUCCUCACAGACCAGAAAAAAAUUACGGAGAUGUGGAACACACGGAAGGAGGAGCAAAUUCGGCGGAUGGCAGCGGAAAAUGAAAUCCGCAUGAUGGAGGAUAAGAGGAGAGAAAAGAGCAUGGAGGCUCGGGACAGGAAGUUCAGUCACCAGCGGGACAAACUCAGAGUCAACCUGGAGGAGAUUCAGCGCCAGUCUAGAGAAGAACGAGAGAGGAGGGAACGGGGACACAAGGCGAGGCUGUCCAGACGACUGGCUCUGGUGAAACUCAAGAUGGCUAACAGAAGGAGAGGUAGACGCUACGGAAGUCGAUAUGAGAGCCUGUGGGCAUUAGAGGACAUUCUUAGAGAAAUCUCGAUGUCUGAUCUAUGGUUCACAGGGAAACAAUCCACUGGCCAGUUUCUGCAAAUGAUAAACGAGGCACUGGACAUUGAAAUAAAGAAACUUGGUGAAGAUGCGCCUGGAUACACUAACGAAAGAGAGAUAAACAGAAAAGCCAGAGAGAUUGUAGACUCCGUUCUCCACAAAGUCAAAACUGACGUCUAUCCAGCUUAUUUACAAAUGCGAUCUGAUGAACAGAAAGGCAAAGUUAAGUUUGGUAAAGACGACGCCAUUCCCCCUAACCGCGAAGUUGAUCGAGCGAUUCUCCGUCCAGUUAGUGAGCACGUGCUGACUCCUAUCCCCUCCCCUUUCCUAGUCAAGAGGUUCGCCAUGACAGAGAAGUCGUCAGAAAUGAAGCUGGUGGAGAACCUCCUUAACCGUCUCCUUGACGACCUAAACAGAGGGCGUCUGACAGAAGAAGAAGUUAGUCAGUUGUCCAGAUAUGCCAUGGACAUUGUCUCCUGUCGACUGCAUGCUGAGGAGUCUGAGUGGAUUGCAGACGACGUGGUAGAAUUUACACUGAAUAAAGUUCGCCAUGACAUUAAAACUGGAGCCGUCCCUCACGAGGAAGUGACUGAAAUGGCAGCCAUUUUAGUUGGUCGGAAGAGAGAUGACAGCUUUUCGGAUAUCAGCAUUUCUUCAGAUGAUGAACAACUACAGAAGUACAUAGACGAUACCAUAGAAUCCAUUGUUAAAGACCCCGAUCUGGGCAGGGAUUCUCCCAUCCAUGAUGCAAUGUUAGAUGAAUGGAUAAUAAACACUCUGAAGGAAAUAACGGACGAUAUUAACCAAGGUAGGCUUUCUAAAAGCAUGGUAGCAGAAAUGGUGUCCAUGAUGACAAGAGAAGACGUUGAACGUAAUGACAUCCAAACGCUUGCAUUGAGACCAUUCUUUGAAAAAGUCAUUGACGAUCUUGAAGGCGGAGAGAGUACCUCGCUGUAUAAAGUAGUCCAUGCAGUUGUGUCGUCCUAUCACGCUUACAAGGUUGGGAUACUGGAAUCUUAUACUGAGCUGAUUAGUCUGAUCACAGAGAGGUUCAGGCAGGCAAUUGAGAAAGGUGUAAAAGAAUCCGAAACAGAUUUUAAUAAGCUGCAAGAAGCCGCACUGAGACUCACAUCCGCUGCAUUAAGUAAUGUCAAAAUGAGUGAGAUAGUCACAAACAUAACUGACGUAUUUAAGGAACUCGGAUCCGAAACAACAGAGUCUGAUCUGACUAUUGAAACCAUGAUUGAAAAUGCUAAGCAUUUUGUCAUGCAAUCGGAUUUUUCAACGCUGAAAAGAAUCGCAAACGCAAUGACAGCUGCUUUGCAAAAUCUACCUGCCGUGAAACGUCGAGACGAGAAGACGUUUGAAGCUGAUCAGGCUCUCCUUCGAAAUGUUACAAACUUGGUAAUCAGAGUAUUGAAAAUUGUUGGGAACAGCCUUGAACGCGAUGGGUUCACCGCUGAGGAUGUACAAGAUAUGACCAAAAUUUUCUCAACAAUGGUGAGGGAGAACAUUUCACCAACCGAAAGUGAUUCUAAAGAAGAGAUGCUCACGAGGCACAUAUCAGAAAUGCUACGCAUCUUUGAAUCUGGAUGCCUUGACGAAAAAGAAUUAUUUGAGUUGGGAAGUUCAUUAAUUCACUGUGGAAACAGGUUGUUGCAAGGGAAAGAGCCUUUUGAUUCUCCAAAUGUUACAAGUAAACCAUCCCUAACAAGUUCUGCUGUAGCCUCAGAUGUUCUGACACACAUUCUGUUUUCCAUUCAGGAUGAAUUGCAUAAAAGCCUGAUCACUAAAGAAGCGAUAAAAGAAUUAGCGUUGUGUAUUCUUAAAACUCGAAUAUCUAAAGAUUAUUACACCACCACUGCACAGAAUUUGUCUACAAGAGAAUCCCCGACCAUCUCGGACACAAAAAUUGAAUUCGCCAAGAAUACAUUGAAGGAGAUGUUAAGCGAUUUUAAGCUCGGGGAUGCCGGGGAAUAUGACAUAUCCUCCGUAGCCUGGUCUGUGGUUUCUCUUUUUUCGGGAACUUUGUCUGAUGAGCACAAAGAAAAGGUUGAGAAAAUGUCAGAAAAGGUCUUACAAUUGUUGCAGGAAGAUAGCUUGACAAAGAACGAUGUUAAGAGGGUAUUUUCCACGGUCCUUCAAUGUUACUCUUUUGCAGCAGAUGACGAAAUUCAGACUUCUAGUGAUUUAGAAACCAUCGACUCUCAUUUGGCCUACAACUUGGUCAAGGAAACAAUAGGUAAAAUAGAAAGAGACAUUGUCAGUGGACGUCUUAGUUCUAAAGACAUCUUAUCAGUUGUUGAUGACUCAAGGGAGAAAGACAUAUUCAACCUCAAAAGUCAUUGUGAUGUUGUGAACCUGACUCUAGCAAUAAUGCAGCAAUUUCUUCUCGAUCUUAACUCCAAAAAUACAACAAAGGAUUUUAUUAAUCAAUUUCUGUCAUCUGCAUUUGGGCUGGAUAUAUCACCAGAGGAAACUGUUCCGAUGAUAAGAAUUCGCAUCCGAAAAAUAAUGAGAGAUAUUAGGCAAAAACGACAAAAUUCUCAACAUAUUCAGAAUUUAGUUCAUGCUUUCUCGUCAAAGGCAUUUUUAGAAGAGAGCAAAUUGUCAAAGAACAAGGCAGUGGACCUAUUGCAAUGUGCUGUUCAGAAUGUGCACCCCAGUAUCAUGACUGACUUCAUUCGUCUGACAAUACAGACACUCAUCAAUGACUGCAUCGAGUAUCAUGAAGAAGAAAUUGAAAGUGUUCAGCAAGAAUACAUUCUACAGUCAGCAUCAUCCACUAUAGCAAAUAAAGUGGUUGAUAACUUACUUCAAAGGAUAGGAAGUUUGCUGAGGACUGACGGCGACAUUAAGUCUACUGAACAUCUCAUUUCUGAUGAUGUUGUUUUGAGUAGGACUGAUCUCUCCAGCGUUCCAUCAGAGGAAAUGAAUGCCCUUAUACUGGAUACACUUAACAACAUCAUCAGUAAUCUGAGACUGGAAAACUCUCUAGAACUCGAAGAUGAAAUUCUUCUUAGACAAGCAAGUUCACAGAUUAUCCAUGACUUUGUUUUAGAGAAGCUACAACAAAUUGUAGAAAGUAUGCAAGACAGACUGGAAGAUAUAAAUCAACAGAAAGUAAGCCCUGAAUCGCCAUUGCACACAUCGCCAAUAUUAAUCGACGACAUGGAAGCUAAAAGGGUGAUAAGUGAGUCGCUAAAAGCUGUCAUAAGCGAUCUGACAACAGAAAUGGAGCGAUCAAAGACUAAAAGCGCUGAAAAGUCGACAUCGACAGUGUCACUGGAGGCUGAAGCAAUAGUUGUGGAGACUCUCCAUGGAAUCAUAAAUUUUUGCGAGGAAAAAGGUGCCACGAUGUCUGAGAACGAUGCCAAAAUGAAAGAGAAUCUGUUGUUCAUCUUAAAGAGCUUCAAGGACGAUAUGUAUACAAAUACGGCUGUUCACAAUGCACUUCAAAACAUUUUUCAAUCAGUUAUUACUUCCUCAGAAAAUGAGAGUAAAAAUGACGAACAAUUAGAAUCGGCUCUGGAUGUUAUCAUCGAAAACAUUAAGACAGGAAGUAUACACGUGGUAGAUGUGUUCACGAAAAGCGAUAUGUCAAGUAUUGGCAUGAAAAAGGGCAGUACAUCCAGUGUUAAUGAGGUCAAAGAGAGACCCAGUCUAAGUCUGCAGAAAAUGACAGAUAUGACAAAAGAAAUAACAAAUCUCUAUGAAAAUGUCCAUCCCUCGCGAGGGAAACUAGACAAAGAAUCAGAUUGCGAUAUCGCAGAUCAGGUUACCAGCGAAGUCAAAGUCUUUGCGACGGAAGUGCUUGAGAAGACAAUCGAUAACAUUCAGCAUGAACAGCUGAGUAAGGAGGAGCUACACACCCUUGCAUCAGCGAUAGGUGAUAACGAAGACACCCCAAUCACUCAAUUACGAUUGAUGGAAAGCUCGAUUGAAGAAAUGAUCGUACAGGUUUUGAAAAAUGCAGUAGAAGACCUCAGAAUCAGUGGAAUUGACCCGGAAGAUUUGCCAACUGUAACAAAAAGCAUUUUCCAGGUAAAUGUGAACAAGGGGGCAGUGACGGGUAGCAGUAUUACUAAUGCGUCUGCUUCGCCAUCUGAAGUGAUAACAGGAAUGGUAACAACGGUACUAAGUAAGAUCGCCACUAAUCUGUCGGAAGAAAGCAUUAAGUUUACAAAAAUACAGAACAUUCAAGAAGGCAUUCAACACAGUGACUCAGAGAAAUCGGGUCUAGAAAAAGAAAGAUUGUCCCAGGAUAAUGUGAAUCCAAAUGCCGCCAAACAGUGUUCUGUCCACUCUCUUCUGGACAAUGUAGGGCCCCAGAAGCGGACGACGCCGACACCAACAGUCCACUCUGCACAUGAUAUUAAGAACAAAGAGCGUCGACACAGGAAAAGUCAAAGUAAAGAGAGAUCUUUAGGAUAUCUUCCUAAUAAAGAGAUGUCAAAACCUAAAACACCCUCUAAAUAUGGCCAAGGACAGAAAAAAACUACGAAGGCUUAUAGGCCACCCAUGGUAAAGGAAAUUAAGGCAAGUUCUAAGAAAGAUGGAUGUGCAAUUACUCCAAAAGGGACCAAUCAGAAAGGGAGCAAAAUAAAUGACGUCGCCUCUAAAAAUCGUCAUUUUUAUGAGAGCCAGUAUAAAACUAUGGCAGAGGAACAGCGCGGUAGAAACCAAAGCAAUGUGAUUACAGAUAAAGAUCUCCCACGUCAAGUGUAUUCUCUGUGGGGUUCCUUCAAAUUAGCUGUUAAAAGUGUGAAUAAUGAUUCAAUGAAAUGAAAAUAUAUCUGCAAACUGGAAAUAAUACUGAUAUUGUAUCAUAACAUUAUUUAAUAAAGUCUUCUUCAGUAUGCAUCGAAA